AUGUCAUUUUCGAUUUUGUUGAUUCUUUUGACUAAUUUUGUUGAUGGAUUCAAUAUUCUCGUUUAUUCUCCAUCAAUCGGAAAUAGUCAUCAGAAUUUUAUGGGACAUUUAGCGGAUACAUUAUUUGAUGCUGGACAUAAUGUUGUGAGUUGCCCAACUCAACCUUAAUUUUCCAUAAUUAAUGUUUGAAAACUUCAGACACUUCUUGUUCCAAUCGCUGAUGAAAAACAAAGAAAUAAAUUAGGAAUAAAAACCACAAAGGAUGUUAUUCUUGUUGAACACGAUGAAAUUGGAAAACAAAGAAUACAUCUACCUGAUGACAGUACUGCAAUAUUAUGGACAACUGAAUUUCAUGCAGAAGAUAUUGAUGCAAGUUUUGAACAUUUUAAUAAUUUGACAGUCGAAGCUUGUGCCAACUUUUUACGAAACAAACAAGUUUUUGAAGAAAUCAAGUCGAGAAACUAUGAUGUCGUAUUAGUAGAACCUUUAUCAAUGUGUGGUUUGGCAUUUGCACAUAAACUUGGAUUAAAAAGAGUAAUUCUUACAAUAUCCUGCACAUAUUUUGAUUAUGUUUCAACAUGGAUUGGUGAACCAGAUGAAUAUAGUUAUGUUCCUGCUCUUACAUCACAAUCAACUGAUGAAAUGAAUAUCUUUGAAAGAUAUAAUAAUCUCAAAAUGAAUCUGGUAAUUUUGAUUAAAUAAUGAGAAAAUAUUCAAUAAAACAAUUCCAGUUUCUUCGUCGAAAUAUGGAAAGAAUGUUCGACAAAGAACAAAUUGUAUACAAAUCAUUAUUAGGCGAAGAUGUUCCGUCGUGGAAAGAACUAAUGCCAGCUGCUUCAAUGUAUUUCACAAAUUCAAACCCAUUUAUUGAUUUUCCUCGACCAGUUAUUCAAAAAACAGUUGCGAUUGGGGGAAUAAGUGUGAAUAUGGAACAUAUUAGAAGCCAGGAAUUAUCUGAAGAGUGGAAUAAUGUUCUAGGUAUUCGAAAUAAAACAAUGCUAAUAUCAUUCGGAAGUGUUGUUUUAUCAAGAUAUAUGCCUAUAGAAUACAAGCAAGUAUUUAUCUGUAAUAAUAAAUAGUUGAAAGAAUACUUUAGGUCAAAUCUACUUAAAGUUAUUGAAUCUUUUCCGGAUGUCACAUUCAUUUGGAAAUAUGAAUUGGAAGAUACAGCUUGGGCUAAACAUGUUUCAAAUAUUUAUUUCUCUAAAUGGGUUCCACAGACCGCACUUUUGAGUAAGUUAUCUAAUGAUUAAAAAUUCAAAAGAAAAAAUAAAAAUUCAGAUGAUAACAGAUUAUCUGCAUUUUUGACUCAUGGCGGCCUUGGAAGUACAACUGAACUAGCUAAUUGUGGAAAACCAGCAUUAAUGGUUCCAAUAUUCGGAGAUCAAGAUAGAAAUGCAAAUAUGUUAUCAAGACAUGGAGGAGCAAUUGUAUUGAAAAAGACUAAAUUAGGAAAUUACAAUAUACUUCGAAAUGCUAUCGAAACAAUUAUUUAUGACAAAACUUUCAGUGAAAAUGCUCAGAAAUUGGCAAAUAUUUUAGAGAAUCAACCAAUAAAACCAAAAGAACUUGUUAUCAAAAACACAGAGUUUGUCGCACAAUUCGGACCUUUUCCUAAAAUGGAUCCAUACAGCAGAAAAUUAAAUUUCAUCCAAAGAAACAGUUUGGAUAUUCUAUCAAUUUUCCAUAGUAAUUUGAUUAUUUUAUCAUUUAUCGUUUUAAUAGCCACUAAAUUUAUAUUUUGUAGAUUGUUUUUAUGAGAUUGAACUUGUUUAGGCGACGAAGAAUAAUAAAUAAUUAUAAAUUUUUUGCAUUUUGAAAUCCUCGUGGAAACAGAUCAAUCAACUGAAAUUUCUUAACAAUCUGGUUAUUUUCGAAAUUUGUAUGUACUAUCUGGUUUAUUAUACUUUACUUACACUUUUAUCUAAAGAACUACGAUAAGAACUUCUUUGAUAAUUUUGAGAAUGAAAAAUAAAAUAAAAAACAAAAGCGAAUACUCGAUGUAUGAUCAAUAGAACAAUUAGAUAAUGCUUUUGAAAAUCAACAACUUCUUUGAAAUUAAAUUUGAAAUACUUUGGUCGAAAAAAUACUAGUUCUAUGAUUAAAAACAAUGUUUUUAUUUCAUUUGGUGAUCCAUCAAUUUUGUACAAUCACUACAGUAAUAUCAUAUAACUAACCCGACAUUAUUUCAACAAAUCACUUCUAGUUCGAUUUUCAGAAAUGAAGAUAUUUUUUAUAUAUUUUCUAAUCAUAAAAUUAAAUGAUGGAUAUAAUAUUCUAGUUUAUUCUCCAGCCUUUGCAAAUAGUCAUCAGAAUUUUAUGGGACAUUUAGCUGAUACAUUAACUGAUGCUGGACAUAAUGUGGUUCGUGAAACCUGUUAAAAGCCUUCUACAUGUUUGAAAAACACUUUCAGACUCUUCUUGUUCCAGUUGCUGAUGAAGGAAGAAGAGAUAAGACAAGUGUUAAAACAACGAAAGAUGUUGUAUAUGUUGAUCAAGAUGAAAUAGCCAGAACAAAUAUAGUUCCUGUUGAUGAUAGUAUGGGUGUUUAUUGGCUUGAAAAAUUCAAACCUGAAGAUUUAACUGAUUCUUUUUUGUGGUUCAAUAAUAUUAUGACGGAAACAUGUGCUAAUCUAUUUAGAAAUUCAGCCGUUUUCGAAAGUAUGAAGUCACGAAACUUUGAUGUUUUACUGUUGGAACCGCUUUCGGUGUGUGGGCUGGGUUUUGCUCACAAAUUGGGUAUCAAAAAUUUCAUUUUGACAACAUCUUGCACACAAUAUGAUUUUAUUUUACCACAUAUUGGUGAAACAAUUGAACAUAGCUAUGUACCUUCAACUCUAGGACAAUUUGGAGAUAAAAUGUCUUUUCUUGAGAGAUACGAAAAUUAUAAAACUGCUUUGGUAAAAUAAAAAUGCAAGAUUUCGAAAUGAAAAAUGUGAAUUUUCAGUAUAUGGGAAUGAAUCUCGAAAAAUUAUUUGAUGAAGAGGAAGAAAUCUAUCAAUCAGGAACAGGUGGUGAAAUUCCACCUUGGAAACAACUUCUACCAUCUUCUUCAAUGUAUUUCACAAAUUCGAAUCCUGUUAUAGAUUUUCCUAGACCAACAAUUCAAAAAACAAUUCCAAUUGGUGGAAUAAGUGUAGACAUGGAAUAUAUAAAAUCGAGAAAAGUACCAGAAGAAUGGGAAAAUGUUUUGAAUCUUCGAGAAAAAACAAUGCUUAUCUCGUUUGGAAGUAUGGUUAAGUCAAAAGAAAUGCCUAAAGAAUGGAGGUAAGUUAUUCUCUUUUUCAUUGAUAGAUAAGUAUAGAUUUCAGAGAUAAUCUAUUGAAAGCUGUUCAGUUAUUUCCGGAAACAACAUUUAUUUGGAAAUACGAGUCAAACGAUACGAAAUGGGCGGAUCAUGUUAAAAAUAUUCAUUUUUCACAAUGGGUUCCACAAACUGCACUAUUGAGUCAGAAUUUAAAAAUAUUUCGUUCCCAACAAUUGUUUUUUUUUAGAUGACGAAAGAAUAACUGCAUUUUUAACUCAUGGUGGUUUAGGAAGUACAAAUGAAUUAGCUUAUUGUGGAAAACCAGCAUUAAUGAUUCCAAUAUUCGGAGAUCAAGUAAGAAAUGCGAAAAUGUUUAUAAGACAUGGUGGAGCAAUUGUAUUGAAAAAAGAGGAUUUGAGUGAUUAUGAGAUUGUCAAAAAUUCAAUCCGAUCAAUUCUAUAUGACGAUACCUUCAAACAAAAUUCAAAACGAUUGUCUAAAAUAUUGGAAAAUCAACCAUUGAAACCAAAAGAGCUUGUUAUAAAAUACACUGAAUUUGUAGCUCAAUAUGGACCAUUUCCAAAUAUGGAUCCAUACAGUCGACAAUUGAAUUUUAUCGAAAGAAAUAGUUUAGAUGUUAUGUUCUUAUAUCACACAUAUUCAAUUAUUAUUACGUUUGUUUUCAUUAUUCUUGCAAAAUUGUUAUUUUCUCGUUUCAAAUUAACAAUGCGUGUGAAAAAAACAAUCUGA